GCUCGUGAUCGACAGAGUGAUCGUCGUGAAUCUGGGAUCCCACAGUGAGGGAAUGGGAAAUAAUGGAGGAUAAAGGCCCUCGUGUAGCCGACUACUUUGUGGUUGCCGGCCUCACCGACUCGUGCAAGCCUCUGGAGGAGGAACUCCACUUUGACGAUGCCGGUACCAAAUCUGUUAAACCCAAAGCCCCCAUCACAGACGUAGCGGUGGUGAUCCGCUCCCUGGGCGAAGAGGUACCCCCGGGUUUCACCUGUGUGGAAAGCACCCCCUCAGGCCUGUCUGCGGAGCUCAAUGGAGCCAGCCUCAGGGGCCCGCAGAUCUUCUUGUGCUUCAGGCGAGGCAGAGAUAAGCCUCCACUGACAGAUCUUGGUGUUCUGUACGAGUGGAAAGAGAAACUGAAGUCUGGAUGUCACCUCGUCCAGACCACGCCCUCAGGUCGUCCUGCCAACAUCAGCAACUCGUCCUCCCAACGCAUCUACAUCACCUACCGCCGUGCUCCCAAGAGCCAGCCGCACACUUCACUCGCUGUCACUGAUGUCUGCAUCAUCGUCCCCGGCAAGGGGGAGAUACCCCCCCACACCUUCUGCAAGGUGGACAAGAACCUCAACAGCAGCAUGUGGGGAUCCUCAGUCUACCUUUGUUAUAAGAAAUCUCUGGCUAAAGCAAACACAAUUGCAUACAAAGCAGCUCUGCUGUGUAGGUACCCUGAGGAGGACUACGAGUCCUUCCCACUGCCGGAGUCCGUGCCUAUGUUCUGCCUUCCCAUGGGGGCCACGAUUGAGUGCUGGCCGGCACACACCAAACACUCCCUGCCUGUUUUCUCCACCUUUGUGCUGACGGGGGCCUCCGGAGGAAAGGUGUACGGAGCAGCCAUCCAGUUCUAUGAGCCUUUCUCAGAGGAGAACCUGUCUGAGCGUCAGCGCUCACAGCUCAGCCUGCCGAGCUCUGGCCUCGGACCUGACGGGACCAGAAGUGUUUACAGCAACAAGAGCAUCUCUCUGCUCUCCCAUUGGCCCUUCUUCCAGUCCUUCAGGAGCUUUCUCACUUUCCUCUACCGAUACUCCAUCUCUGGACCACACGCUCUGCCUAUUGAAAAACACAUCUCGCAAUUCAUGCAAAAUGUGCCAUUCCCUUCCAUUCAGAGGCCGCGCAUCCUCGUGCAGCUGUCUCCACAUGACAGCCUGAUACUGAGCCAACCUGUCUCCUCUCCACUGCCUCUCAGUGGUGGAAGCCUCUCCACAUUGCUGCUAAAUCUGGGCCCGAAAAAUGCCGCCACUCUGCUGGUGCUGGCUGUCACAGAGCACAAGAUCCUGGUUCAUUCCCUGCGUCCGGCUGUACUCACCAGUGUUACUGAGGCCCUCGUGUCUAUGAUCUUUCCCUUCCACUGGCCUUGCCCCUACAUCCCUCUGUGCCCGCUGGCCCUGGCCGACGUGCUCAGCGCUCCCUGUCCUUUCAUCGUGGGCCUGGACUCCAGAUAUUUUGACCUUUACGUGCCCCCAUCUGAUAUCAGCUGUGUGGAUCUGGACACCAACACAAUCUCCCAAAAAGAAGACAAGAAGGCUUUAACAUGGAAAAUCUUGCCCAGGAGAGCUUGUAAAUAUCUUCUGAACACUCUGAAUAAGCUCUAUCAGCAGCUCAUUGAGGGUUCUCAGGUGAGCCGGGAUGAUGUGCAGAUAGAGCACACAGUGACUGACAGUGAGCUAAACGGGGGGAAGAGCCUCCACACUCUGGAGCUGGAAAUCCAGGAGGCCUUCCUGCGCUUCAUGGCGGCCAUCCUACGAGGCUACCGCUCCUACCUCCUGCCCAUCACCCAAGCUCCCUCUGAGACAACCACAGACGCCAGCUCCCUCUUUGACCUGCAAGGCUUCCUGAAGAGCAGAGACCGCUCCCACCAGAGGUUCUACUCCCUGAUGAUCAAGACUCAAAUGUUCAGCCGUUUCAUAGAGGAGUGCUCCUUUGUCAGUGAUAAAGACGCCAGCCUGGCUUUCUUUGACGAGUGCGUUGAUAAGCUCUUCACCAGUGGAAGCAAGAUGGACAGCGAGCGGCCAGAGGACACCCGGCUGAUCGAACUGGAUGAAUCCCACCGCAGCGAGCACACGGUCUAUAUCAACCCCCCGGAGCUGCCUCCGCUGCCACAGGGAGAGGAGUAUCCCCUCUGCUAUAGCUACUCUGGGUUCCCUGUACUGAACGCUGAGCUCCUGGAGCCACUGGAGGGACAAAAUCCUCCAUCGGCACACGUGGCCUCUCGCCACAGCAGCCCAGCCAGCCCCACGGCCAUCUUCAGACGCUCCAAACAGGAGAUCAAAUCGGCUCAGAAGAUGGCCAAGACCUACUCAUCCAUACCUCAGAUGUGGUCCAAGUGUCUGCUGAGUCAUUGCUACGGCCUGUGGUUCAUCUGCCUGCCGGGAUUUGUCGGGACCUGUCACUCUAAAGUGCGCGCUCUGCGCACAGCUUACGACGUGUUGAGGAAGAUGCAGGAGAAGAAGCUGCAGGCUCCCGAUGAGGUGUGUUACCGUGUGUUGCUGCAGUUGUGUGGUCAGUACAGUCAGCCUGUCCUGGCCGUCAGGGUGCUGUUUGAGAUGAAAAAGGCAGGAGUCCAACCCAAUGCCAUCACCUACGGAUACUACAACAAGGCGGUGUUGGAGAGCACGUGGCCCUCCACCACCAGAGGAGGCUACUUCCUUUGGGGAAAGCUCCGGAACGUGGUUCUCGGCGUGCUCCAGUUCAAGCAGGCAGGGAGAAAACAGCCGACUCCACACAGAGAUCCUCAGCUUUCAGACGGCAGUGAUCUCGACACCGUCAGUCACGGGAGUUUGGACAGCACUAAUGACUCUGCCGAGCGCACGUCCAUCGACACCGACUUCACCAAAAUGGACUCCAGUGAUGACGGAUUCAGUACAGGUGGACAGUCAGACCAAGGUUACGAUUCCCUUUCGAAAGAGGAGGAGAGGAUGUGCGGCCGAGAGAGCGACAGCACGCCGCCGGGAGAAGACAAAGGGCCGAGGCAGUCCACACCGGAGAUUGAGGUUCCAAACAGCAGCAGCAAAUCAACUUCUACUAAAACUUCUAAAUCACCAGUCGCCAACGCAGGUAAUGGCAGCAGGCUGGUUUCGAGUCAAUCUGGUGACACCGUUCUGUGUGGAGCUGCGUCAAAGACAGAGAGGCCAAAAUCUCUCGACUUGUCUGGUGGACUGGAAACCCUGAGGUUCAGCGUGCCUCAUCUGGGCUCAGCGAAGCAGCAACACCUCCCUGCUGACAGGCUGCACGGAGUCGAGGAGGAGGAGCUGGAGACUGACAAACACAAACCUCUGGUGGAGAGGAGUGUGAGCUGCAGCGGGGUCGUGGAGAGGUCAGACGUCUCCAUGGAGAGGAGCGUCAGCUUCAGUGCUGGGACUGUGAGGAGGACAGGUAUAGAGACAGGGUUUGACCCCCUGUCACUGAUGGCGACAGAGACUGUACAAGAGUGUGACCAGGAAGACGACUGCAGCACGCCAACCACUCACCGCAACCUGGCUAAGGAGAUCGAGACGUACAUGAGCAGCUGCAGCAGCCCCCCGAGCAGCCGCACACCCAGCACGGACCUGCGGACCCCCUCCAGCCCCUCGCCUCGAUCCAACUCAUCCCCUCACACCUCACCGAGACCCUCCACUCUACUGCGCUCCAACACGCACCUCCCGCUGCCCGUCAAAUCCAAGGAGAGGCUGAGACCGUCGCCGUCUCUUCCUCUGGGUAUCUGUAACAUAGACAGAGAGAGGCCUUCUUCAUUAGCGUCACCCUCAUCACCCACUCCCUCCACCUCGUCCUUCUCCAUGGACUCUCUCUUUACGCCAACUCUGGACAUCUUCAAAAGCAGCGUCAUAUCGGCAGGGAAAGGCGUGGCUGAGAAGGCCAGCCGCUUUUACUCUCGUCUGUCUUCCCAGACUUCAUUGACACAGGAUUCCAACUGUGACCGCAUCAGUGUCUCGUCCCUGACGUCAGCGGAGGCAGACUGCUCCUCGCUGCUCGAUAACGACUCCUGCCUGGACCCAGAUGGUUUUACGUCCCCUCAGCACGGCAGCAUGUCCAGACUCAGGAGGAGCCCGGUUGUGGGCCACGCUACCCUGAGCAGCCCCAGCACCCCCAACAGAGUGUUCAGACACAACUCCUUCUCUGGUGGUUUGGCACUUCCCUCUAAAACUCCUCACACUCCAGAUUCCUCCCCCGACACCAGCCGCUUCCAGCCAACUCCCAAUUACACCAUAGAGGUGCAGAUGUCCAGUUGUUCGCUGUGUAAGACCUGUGACUGUCUGGUGUAUGAUGAGGAGAUCAUGGCUGGCUGGACGGCAAACGACUCAAACCUCAACAGCACUUGUCCCUUCUGCGGCACGGCCUUCCUACCAUUCCUCAACGUGGAAAUAAAAGAUCUUAGACCAAAGAGCAGGUCCUCUAAGGAAAGUAAUCCUGUUAUAGAGGAGGACACGUCUGCAUCACUCAAUCCUGAAGCCAAAAUGUCUGGGACUGACUGUGCGGCUCAGGCAUCUGCAGCUCCCCCGCAGAGACAGGAGAGCAGUGGGAGUGCUGGUACGGCAGCGCCAGCCUCUGCUCCGGUGACAGUGCCCUACCUCAGCCCUCUGGUUCUGUGGAAGGAGCUUGAGAGCCUGCUGGUGAAUGAGGGCGACCAGGCCAUCUCCUCCCUGAGUGUUGUUGACCAACACCCCAUUGUCUUCUGGAACCUUGUGUGGUACUUCCGAAGGCUCGAGCUGCCAAGUAUCCUGCCGGCUCUUAUCCUGGCCUCCCAGCACUGUCGCCAGGGUGACCAGACUCCUCCGAGCGUCUCAUCAGACGACAGCAAGCAGGUGCUUGUGAGGAUUAUGUGGGACAACCUGAAGUUGCACCAAGACCGAGUUCAACCCUGUUACGUCCUGUGGAACACACACUGUGCCAACUCCCUGGUUCGCUCGGGGCUGUGUGAGGAGGGCCAGCUCUUCACUGUGGAGCUACUGCAGGGUUUUGUGAGGAGCAUUAAGAAGAGUGAUCUCUAUCAGCCCAUGAGUCAGAUCCUCCAGCUGCUGGGGCCCGAGCUGGGUUUCAAGAGACAGAGGAGCCUCUACAGAGAUUUACUGUUCCUUGCUCUAGUGGCUUUGGGAAAGAACAACAUUAAUAUAGAUGCUUUUGACCGGGAGUACAAGAUGGCAUACGACCGCCUCACACCAGACUUGGUUAAACUGACGCACAACUGCGACCGGCCCCCUGGACCAGGGGUCAUGGAGUGCAGGAGAACAUUUAGGGAGCCCAGCCUGUAAAUUACGUCCCCUCUGUCCCAGGAUGUUUCCUCCUCAACCGAGGUCACUGCUUUCUUCUUUCCUCCCUUUUAUUUUGGACUGAUCUUCAGACUCAGGACCAUCUCACCUGACUGAGGCACUGAGCUCUUUAAAGCACAACUGCUGAAUUACACUUAAUGUAAAGCAACUGCACCAAGGUUCUUAUACUGUUAGAGCUGAGAGACAUGAUG